AUGGAUUCAUUAAAGUUGCCACAAACAGCUGCUCAAGCUAAAGUAUUUACCGCUCCAAAUUCCAUUUUAUUUCCUAAAGGUAUAGAUGGCGAAGAAGGUCUUGACGAGAAUGACAACAAGGACUUUAAUGCUAAUGGAACCAACACUACAGUCAAGAAGGAAAAGAGUGCUGAUAUAAUCGAGUCAAAGCAACAGGAGGAUGAUGGUGCCACGUCAGGAAUUGUUCCUACUUUACAAAAUAUAGUUGCCACUGUCAAUCUAGAUUGCCGGUUGGACUUGAAAACAAUUGCGUUGCACGCUCGUAAUGCCGAGUACAAUCCGAAGCGUUUUGCUGCUGUUAUUAUGAGGAUAAGAGAUCCCAAAACAACAGCUUUGAUUUUUGCUAGUGGUAAAAUGGUUGUUACUGGUGCCAAGUCGGAAGACGAUUCUAAAUUGGCCUCGAGAAAAUAUGCUCGUAUUAUUCAAAAAUUGGGAUUCAAUGCAAAGUUUACCGACUUUAAGAUUCAAAACAUUGUUGGUUCAUGUGAUGUCAAGUUUCCCAUCAGGUUGGAAGGGUUGGCAUUCUCGCAUGGUACUUUCUCUUCAUAUGAGCCUGAGUUGUUUCCUGGUUUGAUUUAUAGAAUGGUGAAGCCUAAAAUUGUGCUUUUGAUUUUCGUUUCUGGGAAAAUUGUGUUGACGGGUGCGAAACAGAGAGAGGAAAUCUAUGCUGCUUUUGAGGCUAUAUAUCCGGUGUUGAGUGAAUUCCGAAAGUCUUAG